AUGCAUCGAAAGCUAACGAAUUAUGAUAAUCAAAUCUUACAAAUAAUUCCUAAUCUUUCUUAUAUAAAUGUUGAAUUGGGUCGUACAUAUACAUUUGUUUGUCAAUCAACAGAUGAUCGAUUUGAACCCGAAUGGACAUAUGACAAUGGAACGAUUAUUAGUUCAAGCACGUCUUCCGAACAACAAAUAACAUCAUAUAUAUUAAGUGAUACUCAUUUACUUUAUCUUCGAGUGGCACCUGUUGUAGCUGGUACAUAUAUUUGUCGUUCUCGUCCUACAGACAUACAAAUGACAAAAGAGGAAGUAACAAUAAAAUCAACAAAAUUUUUUCCUUUUUUUAAAGUGAUUGUUGAAACAAAUGGAAUAUCAUUUCAAUCAUCAGGAUUAGCUGAAUAUCAUGUACGAAUAAAUGCAACAUUAUUUGUUGCAUGUCGUCCUGAAUAUUUUAAUUUUCAAUUAAAAACAAAUUCAUCUUAUUUACCUAUAGCUACUCUUAUACGUAUCAAUGAUAAUAAUCAUUUUCUAUUAUCGGAAAUAAUUGAUGGUUUACUUAUUGAUCGUAUAUCAAAAAAUGAAAGUGGAAUGUAUUUAUGCAUGGGAAAAAUCCCAUUACCUGACCGAUUGAUUACAUCAUAUUAUCCUAUUAUGGUUUUUGUUUCCGAGCCAAAAGAAGCAAAAAAAGAAAAAGAAAGAAAACAAGAAUACGGUGAUGGAAAUCAUAACAUUUAUUCAUCUCGAUGGUCAGUUACCGAACUUAAAGAUCGUCAAACAAAUAUAUCGGUAUUUGCACGUAUAUAUGAAGAAUAUACAGAUGCUGAACAUUUUUUUGAUUUUGUCAGAAAAACAGCGUCGAUUCUCUUUCAAACAAAAGCUGCUUCAUUUGUCUUUGCAUUUUCCCUUGUUCUACCAGUAAUUAUGAUCAGUGUUGGUAUUUCAAAUUUAGAAGAAUGUCCAUUAGAUCGUAAUAUUCCUGUUUUUGUACUUGUUGGCGGAGCUUUAGCUUUAUUAAAAUUAUUACAAGUUCUUUGGAAACAAUAUAAUCGUCAUAGUAGUCCAUCUGAAGAAGAAACUACGGAUGCUCAAAGUGGAUCGACAUUUAUGGAAGUUCUUACAACACUUUUUCUUAUUAUUUGGUUUAUUUAUGGUAAUCAUUUAUUAUGGCGUUAUCGUUUACCACGUUUUGAACAAACAACAGAAGAUCCUGAAAAUUGGUGUUCAAAAAAUGUUUAUUUUUUAGCAAUAAUUAGUGUCGCUUAUACAUAUGCAUUUGUUACAAUAAUGAUUUUAGUUGUUCUUAUUGUUGUCUUAACCGUUCACCUUCAAAAUCGUCGUCGUGCCAUCCAAGAGGCUAAAGAAGCCGGAUGUACAUGA